AAAUAAAAAGCUAAUAUAAUACAUUGAUAUUAAUUAUAUUAAAGUUGUUGCUAAUAGCAAUCGUUAGUAUUACUAUAGCAACUUACUUUAGUAACUGUAACGAUUGGAGCGUAAAUGAAGUUUAGCGAAUCAUCCGGUAUUUGCACCGUUCGUACGAAAUUAAACGCGGAGUACUAGAAACACACAUAUAGAGCUCAAGGUAAAUACGUAGGCUUACAUAGUAGCAACAUCAUAUGACUUUCAACGGUAUUGCGCAAUCUUGCAAUGCACCUGAAAUCGUGCGAACAAGAACCGUUCAAUACUCUUCAAAGUGUCGGAUUCGCAUCGUGUCCAGUUACGCACUGGAAUCAGCGAUUUUUGCAAUUCGAAACUAAAACUAUUCAGGCAAAUCUACCGAUAAAAUAACGUUCCUUCAACGCAUAUUUGCCUAUCGCAAUUGAUUAAUUAUAUAAUUAUUACAACAAAAACAACAAAAAAAAAUAGUUACACUUAACUGCAGAGAAAUAAAAUGCAUGCACACGUAUAGUACGAUAGUGCAUGUAAUUAACGAUAAAAAAAUUCACGUGUGCGAUGUGGGACAUUUUGUAAUUUCGCGGAUCGGGACAAGUCGCAGUUCGAUCGGUUCGCUCUGAUAGCAAUUUGCUUUUUUGAAUUUGUUUUAUUUUUGAAAAAAAGAGCAUAUAGCAGCCCUUGCCUCGCAGAACAACCCACAUGCUAGAAUGGAGAGCUGGUUCAAGAUCAGUUUGCUGCUGUGCGUGUUCGGAUUCAUCAAGGAGUUUCGGCCGUCCGAGCCAUUCAUCUACGAGUACCUUUCUGGACCAUGGAGAGAUCUGGACGACGACGAGGUGACCCAGAAGGUCUACCCUGUGGGUACCUACAGUUACCUGGUUCAUCUGCUGCUUGUCUUCCUCAUCACCGACUUCUUGAGGUACAAGGCUUUGAUCGUGAUCCUGGGACUUUCGGGCAUCAUCGUCUGGAGCAUGCUCAUAUGGACGACAUCGCUGUUCCAUCUGCAAGUUCUUGAGGGCGUCUAUGGAACUUUUAUGUCUUGCGAAGUGGCGUACUACACGUAUAUUUAUGCAAAAGUGGAUACUAAAUAUUACCUGCAAGUCAGCUCGCACACAAGGGCUUCGAUUCUUGCAGGAAGAGCGUUGUCGAGUAUUGUCGCUCAACUGCUCAUUUCCUUCGAGCUCAUGGAUUACAAAGAACUGAACUACAUUAGUUUGGGCGCCAUGAUCAUAGCCAGCUGCUGGUCCCUAUUCCUACCGAACGUCAAAAAAAGCAUCUACUUCCAUCAGGAUGGCGUCGAAAAGGUGCAGAUGUCUUCGAAAUUCCGCGGCGCCUUUACUCUGAUGAAGACCCAUUUCCUGGAGUCAUUUUCAAACAGAUACGCGCUGAAAUGGUCAAUUUGGUGGGCUUUGACUACAGCCGGAUUCAUUCAGGUGCAGGUCUACGCUCAGCCGUUGUGGGGCGAGAUCUUGGACUCCAGCGAAGGGAGCGUUUACAACGGAGCCGUUGAGGCUGCAGCUACUCUUCUCGGCUUUUUGAGCGCCCUCUUCGCCGGUUACCUGAAAAUCGAAUGGAAGGGUAAAGGUGAGCUGGUGCUCUCGAUUUGUGCCAUCAUCGCCGGCGGCCUCAUCGUUCUCAGCUCACAAACCGAAUACGUUAUGGUCAGCUACAUCUGCUACGCUCUUUACUGCUGCAUUUACCAGUUCAUGAUCACCAUCGCCAGCUCCGAGAUAGCCAAAUGCAUUGCGGACGAUAGCUACGGUCUGGUCUUCGGUAUCAACACCUUCAUUGCUCUGGUUUUGCAGACAAUACUCACGCUUAUCUUCGUCGAGGAGAAGGGCUUCCACAUGAAACCCAGAGAUCAGCACCUGGUCUACGGUAUUUACCAUUUCCUGAUUUCCAUCGUCUUCAUCAUCAUCGGACUUAUAUCUCUAGCGAAAAGAAGAAGAAAUAACUCAAAACGUUCACUUACUAUACAAUAAGGCAAAAGACGCAGUACAACUGCCGAAUAGAAUAUAAUUUCAGUACU